AAGCCUGGAGAAAAAAAAAGUAUUGUAGUCAGACGUAUUGUAUAAUUUACACGGUAACGUCUACAUAGACAAUUCUCAAAUGAUAAAUAUUCAAGCACAACACAAGGCCAAAUUAGGAAGUCUGUGUUUGAUGCUCAAAAAUAGGGCCUUAGAUUGAUUUUUGCAAUAAUUAUGAUGCCAGAAACCAACACAGACCAGGUCACAGAAUACAAGAAAAUGGGCAAUGAAGCUUUCAAAAAGAAACAAUACAAGAAAGCAGUUGAAAACUACAACAAAGCAUUGGAACUUGGGGUCAAAGGACAACCUGCAGCUGCUAUUUAUAGUAACUUAGCGAAUGUUCACACAAAGCUUAAAGAGUAUGAUGCAGCAUUGGAAAGUUCAAAGUUGGCCAUCGAAAUGGAUUCAAAGUGGAAGAAAGGGUAUUACUGGAAAGGUGUGUCGCACCUGUAUUUAAAGAACUUUGAAGAUGCAUCCUCAGCAUUUCAGAAUGGUUCUGUUGUUGAUGAAAAAGACAAUGAAUUUAAGGAGAAGCUAAAAGCCGUUGAAUUUUGCAAGGAGAAUGAACCUCAUUUAAAUUUUUUAGAUGUCACUGAUUGGUUAAUCGUUGCAAAAAACACCCUCUCCAAUCUACAGGCUUUAAGUACAGAGUUGCUUGCCAAGUCCUUGUGUCGGCUGACAAUGAAAACUAAACUGGGUUACAAAUUAACUCAGUGUGCCUUAAUGGAUCUACAAGGUCAGCUUAUCUUAAAAAUGGUGCCAGUGAAUGCGAUCACUCCAGCGGAUAAGAUCGUAUCUGAGAAAAUCCGGAAAGGAGAGCUUGUGAAACUUUAUGUGAUUGCCUUCGUUAAUGAAAACGAAUUACCAUCAUUAAGUAUUAUGGAAUGUCAGACUCCAUUCAGCAACUUACAGCAAACAGUUAUCAAAAUUAUGGUUGAGUAUUCUAAGAAGAAAUCUUUCAAUGAACAUUUCUUUAAAUAUUUAUGAAGCCAGUACAUCAUAAUUGAAACGUAACAAAACAAAUCUAAAUUUAUUUCAAUUUGCCAGAGAGUAUUUUUAUUUUAACUCAAUAUGAAAGAGAAUUUUAUAAGUAUGCAAUAAAUUUUGUUAGAAAGAUAAUUUAAA